AGGUCCUGCUGGGGACUUGCAUCUGGCCUCAAUGUGAAAUUAAGGUAGAAAAACACAUCUACAUAUGUGUUUGCUAUUAGGAUUUAGUUUAUUCACUGGUCAUGCCUGAAGAGUGAUGUUCGUCUCUAGACGGCUAACUGCCAGGAAAUAUAAAUGAUUGUCCUAGAAGUCAAGCCUCUCUCCUAUUUACUGGAGUGAAAAUCACCUCCAGAUACCGACGGAAUAUCAACUACAGAAAAUGAUUCAUCUUAUAAGGAUGCCAACCACCUAGAUUCAUGCGCCCUAUCUGUACAGUUGUUGUGGAUGGUUUGCCAUCUGAAAGCUCCUCAAGCUCUUAUCCAGGCCCUGUAUCUGUUUCUGAAAUGUCUCUGCUACAUGCUUUGGGUCCAGUGCAGACCUGGCUGGGACAAGAGCUAGAGAAGUGUGGCAUUGAUGCCAUGAUUUAUACUCGGUAUGUCCUCAGUCUUCUGCUGCAUGAUAGCUAUGACUACGACCUGCAGGAACAGGAGAAUGACAUCUUCCUGGGCUGGGAAAAGGGAGCUUACAAGAAAUGGGGAAAGAGCAAGAAAAAACGCUCUGAUCUAACACUAGAGGAAAUGAAAAAACAGGCUGCUGUCCAGUGUCUUCGCUCUGCAUCUGAUGAAAGCUCUGGGAUUGAAACGUUAGUGGAGGAGCUUUGCUCCAGACUGAAAGACCUUCAGAGUAAGCAAGAGGAGAAGAUUCACAAGAAGUUAGAAGGCUCUUUGUCUCCUGAGACUGAUUUAUCUCCCACAGCAAAGGAUCAAGUAGAAAUGUACUAUGAAGCAUUUCCUCCUCUUUCAGAAAAGCCAGUUUGCCUGCAGGAAAUUAUGACUGUAUGGAAUAAAUCCAAAGUAUGCUCUUACUCUAGCUCCUCAUCUUCAUCCACUGCUCCACCAACUAGCACGGAUACAUCUUCUCCGAAGGACUGCAAUAGUGAAAGCGAAGUAACUAAAGACAGAAGUAACAAGGUAUCUGCCACUGUACAGGAAAGAACACAGCAGAAGAAAAGUAAAAACGAGAAAGAAAACAAGUUCAGUAACAACACCGUUGAAGAGAAGCCUGUUCUGUACAAAAAGCAAGUCCGACAUAAGCCUGAGGGAAAGAUGCGUCCUCGCUCCUGGUCAUCUGGAUCCAGUGAGGCUGGCUCAAGUUCUAGUGGUAAUCAAGGUGAAUACAAGGCAUCAAUGAAAUGCAUUAAAGUAAGACACAAAACAAGAGAGGUUCGAAAUAAAAAAGGGCGUAAUGGGCAAAGCAGGCUUUCCGUGAAAUCUGGUGAAAAGGCUGAUAGAAAAGUCCCCAGCGGAAGCAGCAGCAGCAGUAGCAGCGGGUCCAUCAAACAGCUGUGCAAAAGAGGUAAAAGGCCAUUAAAAGAAAUCGGAAGAAAAGAAGGUGGCGGUAGUGAUGGAAAAGAUUUGUAUCUCGACAGCGGGAAUGAAAAGGAGUAUAAAGAAGAACCCUUGUGGUAUACUGAGCCGAUUACAGAGUACUUUGUUCCUCUCAGCAGAAAAAGCAAGCUGGAGACUACAUACCGCAACAGGGAAGAUAUAUGUGGCGUCACAUCAGAGGCUGUAGAAGAGUUGUCUGAAUCAGUGCAUGGUCUUUGUAUUAGCAACAAUAAUAUUCAUAAAACAUACCUCGCAGCAGGUACUUUCAUCGAUGGUCACUUUGUAGAAAUGCCUGCAGUUCUAAAUGAGGAUAUUGACCUCGCUGGGACCUCACUAUGUUCUCAACCAGAGGACGACAAAUACUUAGAUGAUGUUCAUCUGUCAGAACUAACACACUUCUAUGAAGUGGAUAUUGAUCAAUCCAUGUUGGAUCCUGGUGCCUCAGAUACGAUGCAAGGGGAGAGUCGGAUUUUAAAUAUGAUUCGACAGAAGAGUAAAGAAAAAACUGAUUUUGAGGCAGAAUGUUGCAUAGUGUUAGAUGGAAUGGAGUUGCAAGGGGAAAGUGCAAUAUGGACAGAUUCGACCAGCUCUGUUGGUGCUGAAGGGUGGUUCUUGCAAGAUCUUAGUAAUUUAGCUCAAUUUUGGGAGUGCUGUUCAUCUUCUAGUUCUGGUGAUGCAGACGGGGAAAGUUUUGGAGGAGAUUCUCCGAUCAGAUUCUCCCCCAUCUUAGACAGCACAAUGCUUAAUUCACACAUGCUUGCUGGCAAUCAAGAGCUCUUUUCAGAUAUUAAUGAAGGGUCUGGUAUAAACUCUUGUUUUUCAGUGUUUGAAGUGCAAUGCAGUAACUCUGUUUUACCAUUUUCUUUUGAAACACUCAACUUGGGAAAUGAAAAUGCAGAUUCUAGUAGCACUGCUAAUAUUCUUGGGAAAACACAGUCUAGAUUGCUAAUAUGGACCAAAAAUAGUGCCUUUGAUGAAAAUGAACACUGUUCCAAUCUGUCAACAAGAACCUGUAGUCCAUGGUCACACUCGGAAGAAACACGUUCAGACAAUGAGACUUUAAAUAUUCCAUAUGAAGAAUCAACGCAGUUUAAUGCAGAAGAUAUUAAUUAUGUAGUUCCUAGAGUGUCUUCGAGUUAUGUAGAUGAAGAAAUUCUAGAUUUCUUGCCAGAAGAAACCUGCCAGCAACAAGCUAGAACUUUAGGUGAAAUGCCCACUUUGAUUUUCAAAAAAAAAUCCAAGCUAGAAUCUGUCUGUGGUAUUCAGCUAGAACAAAAAGCAGAAAGCAAAGACUAUGAAACUACACAAGGGUGUAGUGAAAGCAGUCCGCGUGGAGAUGGCUACAGCUCAGGGGUUAUUAAAGAUAUUUGGACAAAUAUGGCAGACAGAAAUUCUGCAGCGAUGGUAGAAAUAGAAGGAAUAGAAGAUGAAUUGUUUCCAGCUGAUGUAAAUAACUAUUGCUGCUGUUUGGAUACAGAAGCAAAAGUUGAAACCCUCCAGGAGCCCAAUAAAGCAGUGCAGAGAUCAGAGUAUCAUCUCUGGGAAGGUCAAAAGGAGAAUUUAGAGAAGCGAGCCUUUGUCUCAAAUGAGUUAUCAAAAGUAGAUGGUGGUGACUACACUACACCAUCAAAACCUUGGGACGUUAACCAGGAGAAAGAAAACUCGUUUAUACUUGGCGGUGUGUAUGGGGAGCUGAAAACGUUUAACAGUGAUGGGGAGUGGGCGGUGGUGCCACCCGGUCACUCUAAAGGGAGCUUAUUGCAGUGUGCAGCUUCGGACGUGGUGACGAUAGCUGGUACAGAUGUUUUCAUGACUCCAGGUAACAGCUUUGCCCCUGGCCAUAGGCAAUUAUGGAGGCCAUUUGUAUCAUUUGAGCAGAACGAGCAAUCCAAGAGUGGAGAUAAUGGAAUAAAUAAGGGUUUUUCUUUUAUCUUCCAUGAAGACUUACUGGGAGCUUGUGGUAACUUUCAAGUUGAAGAACCAGGGCUUGAAUACUCAUUCUCUUCCUUUGACCUGAACAAUCCAUUUUCACAAGUUCUUCAUGUAGAGUGUUCGUUUGAGCCAGAAGGAAUUGCAUCAUUCAGCCCUAGUUUUAAACCGAAGUCAAUUCUGUGCUCUGACUCAGACAGUGAGGUUUUACACCCCAGGAUAAGCGGUGUUGAUCGAACGCAGUACAGGGCUAUACGGAUUUCUCCAAGGACUCACUUUCGCCCAAUAUCUGCAUCUGAACUUUCUCCAGGUGGUGGAAGUGAGUCAGAAUUUGAGUCAGAAAAAGAUGAGGGCGGUAUUGCUGUCCCUUCUCAAGUAGACGUAUUUGAGGAUCCGCAAGCAGAUCUCAAACCUCUGGAAGAAGAUGCAGAAAAAGAAGGGCAUUAUUACGGAAAAUCGGAGCUUGAAUCUGGGAAGUUCCUUCCCAGAUUAAAGAAGUCUGGAAUGGAGAAGAGUGCGCAAACAUCGUUGGAUUCCCAAGAGGAGUCGGCUGGGAUGUUGCCAGUAGGAAACCAAGAUCCUUGUUUAGAAUGCAGUAUGAAAGAAUCUCUAGACGGGAGGGCGAUGGAGAGCUCUAAAGUAAACUGCAGAAUAGUGGAGCCACGUGAGGAGACUAGCAGGUUUUGCAGUUGUAAAGCAGGGUGCCAUUUCCCCACGUACGAGGAUAAUCCUGUUUCUUCAGGAGAGCUUGAAGAGGUAUGUGGAUAUAUAGAAUUAUGUACUGUGCAGCUGGCAGCCGAUAACCAGCGGUUUGUCAUGUGA